ACCGGUGUCCCGUGGCAGAUGGGUACCAGAGAAUCCUCACCGAUUCUACGUGAUCGCUGGAUCCACUUACGUCUACUUUCCGGCCUGGAGUUCCAUACAGUUGGAAUUGAUCGACGGGAUAUUCCCGCACAGAGACUUUCAAUUCACGGGCAUGAAUCACGAUAUUGGAUUGUUCAGGCUACGGAAAGCCCUGUUGAUUAACUCAUUCGUGAAAUACGCCACCCUUCCACCUGCUUAUGACGCAAAUAUUUUUCAAAGCUACACCGCCUCCUGUACCGUUGUCGGCUGGGGAGUAAGCACACCUGGAUCUAAUGGAGGAGGUGGUACCUACCUUCGCCAUGUUAAUGUUUCACUAAUCCCAUCGGAUAAAUGUCCUGUGGAAGGACUAAAUAAAGAGCAGCAUUUAUGUGCAGGCUGGCUGGAAGGUGAUCGAGAUGCUUGUCAAGGUGACAGUGGUGGACCAUUAUUAUGUAAGGGGACACAAAUAGGAAUAGUUUCCUGGGGAAAAGGUUGUGCUCGUCCAAACUUUCCUGGCGUAUAUGCCCGAUUAGAUUUAUAUUUAGAUUGGUUAAAUGAAACUAUGCAAAGAAAUAUUGCAUGCCAAAGAAACAUUCUUGAUGUUAUAGUUAUACUUGCAGCAGUAGUGCUCUGUGAAAUGCUAUAA